AUGUUAUUAUAUGAUGUCGAUGACGAGACGCUCCGGCUGGUCCUCCAAAUGCACUUGGAGGACCUCGAGAGCAUCAGGCAGAGCAACAAGGGCAAAUGCCACGCGGACGAGGCCACCGAUCAUGAUAUAGCCAUCGAAACCUACAAGUCGGAGAUCGAGGCUCAUGCCCUACUCGCGGCGGACAGGCGCAUGUGCAAGAGUAUUGCCAAAGCAAACCAAACCGACGCCCGCCUCAUCACCAACCUCGCCAGGCAGGAAGACCAAGCUGCUCGAGAUAGGGCAGCGGCCAUUCGGCUCAGCAACGGGGGGGGACUCGAUGAAGAUGUGCCUGCAGCUCAUGUCCGGUCGAACAAUGCCAAAAGCAAGGAAGAUGAGAUGUUGCGAAAACUCAAGGCACUCUUCGUCUCUGCCAACGGCGAAGAGGAGGUCCACGAUGAUGAUGAGGACACCUUAAGCCCCCCAGAAUCAUCAUCAUGGGCAGCCUCCAGACUCCAAACCAACCUACCAGCAGCCAAUCCCACCAAGUUAACAUGCGAUAGCUGCACAAACACCUACCCCUCCACCACAGUCGCCCACCUCCCAUGCAACCACAACUACUGCCGCGACUGCCUCCGAACCCUCUUCCAACUCUCCCUCACAGACGAGUCUCUCUUCCCGCCGCGGUGCUGCAGACAACCCAUCCCCAUCGACGACAACAACAUCAGGGCCUUCCUCCCCUCCCAACUGAUCGGCAGCUUCCGCGCAAAGGAGCUCGAGCUCUUGACGCCCGAUCGGACGUACUGCCACCGGCCGACCUGCUCCCGCUUCAUACCAAAGGAGUUUACGCGGGGGGAUAUCGGCACGUGUCCGGCGUGCCAGCAUGAGACCUGCCUGAUGUGCAAGGGCGCCGGGCACGGCGAGCAGGAUUGCACGCAGGACACGCAGACGCAGGCGCUUCUCGAGGUCGCUGCCGCCAACGGGUGGCAACGCUGCUUUGGGUGUCGACGGGUCGUGGAGCUCGAUCACGGAUGUAAUCACAUGAGUGAGGACGUGGACGUUGAACACGAGCUGAUAAUCAUUGCCCUCAAAAAGCUUGUCCUUGCGGAGCACAAUUCUGCUACCUCUGUGGAGAAAGGUGGAAGACGUGUACCUGUGCGCAAUGGAACGAGGAGCGGCUCGUCGCCCGCGCCAACGAAAUCGUGGACCGGCGGGCUGACGCCCUGCAUCUGGAUGCUGCGGCGAGAGCGCAACGGGUCGAAAGGGAGGCGCAUAAUCUCGUGGAGAAUCAUCAGUGUGUUCAUCCCACCUGGAGGAGCCGCCGCGGAGGGUUCCGGUGCGAGGAGUGUCACGACUUCCUGGGAGAAUUCAUCUAUGAGUGCGCUCAGUGUCGCAUCCAUGCAUGCCGCAGAUGUAGACACAAUCGACUUUAGAGAGUAG